AUGGUAGUUUCCGCACGGCUACGACCUCGCACGGGGCAGCAGCCAGGUUCCGCGCCUGCCGCUGCAUUGGCAAUCGUUGUGGCCGCGUGUUGCCAGCUCGUGACCGCGGAGGUCACCAUCAAGGGGGCGCUUCUCGUCGCCCUCAAAAUCAACUCCACCCGCAGGUUCAAAUACGAGAGCGGGGAGGAGCUAAUCGUGGAUUUAACGAUCGAGGACGACGAGGGCCUCGACGUAAACGUGGAUCGAAUCUACAGGAGGCUGAGUGACGAUUCAGACAUCGACCUCCUUCUCGGACCGUAUUCCUCGGUCCUGUCCGCGGUUGCCGCCAUUCAGGCUGGUCAGGUUCCGAAGUUCAUCAUGCUUGCCGGGGCUGCGUCGCCCGAGUUCUUCAAAUCUGAAAACGAUCAGAUCUUCGGCGUGGACAAGUUCACAACAAACGUCCUCGCACCCAACUACUUUCAUGAUGCGCUGAACAUCGCGAAGGACAGGAGCGCCCAGAGCGUUGCAUUUUUGCACGACGGCGACACCCUGUUCGCUGGGCCCAUGUGCGACGGUGCGGUGGAGUAUGCCCACGGUAUCGGCCUCCAUGUGCUGGAGUCGAGGGUCAAAGAGGAGCAGAUCGUGGAGCAGGUGAACCACCUUAAAGCUCUAGGUGCGGACGUGCUUGUCGGUUGCGGGGACUUCGACAAGGUGGUGGACAUCGUGGUGUCCGCACGGGCUCUGGGCUACAAUCCGCAUGGCAUCAUCCUCCCUUUCGCGGCAUCCGACAAGUUCCUUGCCACAGUGGGAGCGCCAAACGGAAACUACAUCCUCUCUCCCGCCCCGUGGGUGCCGGCGAUUGACCAGGAGUGCACCCUGUUCGGGUCCACGAGUAAGUUCGUGCAGGAGCCUCCUUAUGAGUACAGGGCGAUGUGGGGCGAAGAGCCGCUGUACCAGAGCGCGGAGGCGGGCGCCGGCAUCCUGGCGGCGCUGGCCGCGGUGGAGCUUGCUGGCAGCGCGUCGACUCCGGCGGUGACCAGCGCGAUGCUCGAGAUCGAUCUGCCCACGUUCUAUGGGCGCCUGGCCUUCUUCGCGAACGGCUCCCGCCGGGACGCGCCGAUGUACACCCAGCAGGUGCUGCCCCAGAACUUCACGCGGUCCCGCUUCGAGCUCGUGGGCGCCGUGGCGUCGCGGCCCAUGCCUGCGGUCUGGCCGAUGCCGAGCUGGCGCGAGAAGGAGCUGGAGGUGUACCCUUGCGGCGAGGGCCAGGUGGUGAACGUGAGCCUCGGCGGAUCAGGAGCCGCCGUGUACGCGUGCCAGAGCUGCGAGCGAGGACCGACCACGACGAUCUGGCCUGAGCCUACGCCCUGCCCCUCGACCGAGUCGCCUGCUGAGCCAGUUGACCUGGCGUUCAAGUGGCUUCGUGACUACGUGGUCGGCGCCGCCGCCUUCGUCACGACCUGCCGCGGCCUCAUCGCGAUCGGAUUCUUCGGCGUGACGUGCGUCGCGGCCGAGCGCCGCCAUGGCGUCAAGGGUCGUGCAGCUGUGGGCGUGGUCGAAUGCGCGACCCCAGACUCCGACGUGUACUUCGAGCUGCUGGGCGGGACCUCGGCGAGGGCGCAGUGGAUGACCGUGGAGUCGACCGCCUUCGCCCCCCGGGGCAGACCCGUCAGCCUGGCGGCGGCGGACAUCGUGCGGGGAAACGUCGGCAUCUUUACCAUUCCCCUCGGCGUCUCGUCUUGGUCCGGGCCCACGACGGUGAAGUGGUGCGGUGAGUGGUUCUUCAGGUGUCAAGGGGGCCCGCUCGAGCACGACCAGUCUCUGAUCAUGACGUUCGGUCUGCGGGCCGACGACAGGUACGUCGACGUCCACCACACGACGAAGAGAUGCCUGGACGAAGGCGUCGGCUAUGACAUGAUCGACGUCGGCAACAGUGGUUUCUUCGAGCUGCCCCUCCGCAGGGCGCUGCUGGUGGAGUACGUGUACCACAUGGACUACUUGGCCACGCGCGAACCGGGGGCCAAGGGCAAGGGCAAGGCCGGCGGUUCGGUGUCCCUCCAGUCCGCGGCCUUCGACGAGUCGGCCAUCGUCUCGGACAUGGCGAAGGGAUCAGGCAUGGCCAUGGAUUCUGUGGAGCUGCUGCGCAUCUUGGCAGGUCUACUCGUCGCCGGCUUCAGCGCGCCAAUCACGAGUGCUCGCGGCGAGGGGGCCGUGAUCGCUCCUUUCAGCAUGGGCGCCGCCCACCUGAUCGACCUGCCGUUGCUGCGACGGAGGGCAGGAUCCGACCUGGUCGAGCGGCACUUGACGGGCGAGUUCCCGCGCGGCCUGUUCUUUGCAUAUAAGAAGUCAGGCAACCUUCGUUUGAUUGUUGAUGGGCGACUUCCAUCGUGUCACCUUGGCGACAGCGACCCUGCGUCGCUGGCCUCGGGGGCCGCAUUUCCCACCAUCGAGGCUGACAGCGCUACGCCAGUCCAGCCCGAGCCGACCUGGCGAACGUCUCGUCGGCCCAAGGUUGAGCCAUCAGACGGGGCCAAUACUUUUUAUCCAGUCAUCGAGGUGAUCCCGAUGGGCUGGGAGCUUUCUCUGCGGGCCUGCCAGCAGGCGUUGGAACAUCGGGCCCGCCUCGUUCCCGGCUACGUCGAUAACUGUUUCGCCUUCGGGGGGGAUCAAGAGGUCGUCAGAGCCGCGGCAGAGGGGGCGCAGCAGGAGUUGGGAAAGUCGCUCGGUCGGUCCAACGAGAGGUGGUUUUCUCGGCAAGAUGAAGUGGGCUAUCGCCCUCGGGAUCAUGCUCUUUCGCCGGGUACUCUUGGAGGUUUCGCCAUCGACGGUGCAGUUCCGGAGGUCCCCUCGGCCCCCACUCAGCUGCCCGGCUCCCUGGACUUCCCUGACAUCGGCUCUGACGUUUGGGAUGGGGAACGGCGCCGCGCCCCGGCUAAGAGGUGGGCCCGUUCGGAGGCCCGGGUGACCCUCGAGGGCCGCGCCAUGGUCUUGGCCCACCUCCACAAAACGAGAGCCUUGAGCAACUUCGGGAAGCGCCACCUGUUCUUGGGAGACGCCAUGGCCAGCAUCCUUGCCGUGUUCAAGCGGCGAUCACCCUCGAAGCUGAUGAGAGUUUGUCGGCAUGCACCCACCCUGAACACGGCCUUCGGCGGGCCCGCGACCGACGAGCACGGCCCGACCAUGCCCGAGAAGCGCGCAGUGAGGAAGCCCCAGGAGGCCCAGUUCAGACGCAUUGCGGGCCUGUUCUAUCACUGGUGCGCGACGACGGGCAUGGCGAUCAACAUCGCAUGGCAGCUCGACUCGGCGGUGACAUCCCACCCCAACGAGCAGUUCCUCGAGGGCUUCCUGAGCUCCGCGGGGCCCUUCCUGACAGCGGCCCUGACGUACUGCCGGCAGGGCAUGCUGUCGACGCUCCGGUGCUUCGCGUUCUACACCUGGCCGUCCGAGCUCCUCCGCCCGCGGGUGAAGGACGCCGCCCCGCCGCCGCGCGGCGGCCCGCGGGCUCUCGCCCUGUGGGCCCGACCGCUGAGUGCGUCGGAGAACAGCACUCCGCCCAAGUCAGGCGAGUUCAACAAGUCGCUGAGCCUCGACUACCCAGAGUUGUCGGGGGUGGACGACCUCCUGACCUGCCUCCGAGCCGGCCGCGGCGGCGCGCAGCCGCUGCCCGACCUGAAGUACGCGACCUGGGCAGCCUUGUUCACCCUGGCCGCGCAGGCGUUGGGCGUCAGACAGCAGCGCGUGACGGUGCGAGAGGGGCGGCCCGCUGUCCGCGCAGCUGCCGCGGGCGGCAGAGGCCGCGCAACGGCGGGCCCACGCAGCUGCGGCCAGCAUCGGAUCCAGGAUCUCGAGGAUGACAUCCGCCGCGCGUCGCUGAGCGGACCCCCGAUUGCUCUCGAGCUUUUCUCUGGAUCAGGCAACUUUUCUCGCGCGUGGCGCCGCUCGCGCCUGAAACGCAUCGAGAUAGUUGAGCCUACACCGAGGUAA